AUGUUUGAUUUGUUUUCGGCACAGCUGUCGGAAAGGAGCAACACAUGGCUGUCGCGCCUCGCAUCCCUUGCACCGCGUAACAGGCAGUGGGUUGUGGCGCUGAGGUGCCUCCACGGUAUGGGGCCCCCCUCCAUUGCUCACCUGCAUGUCGCCUUUUUGGCCCUGGCAGCGCCAUGCACUACGCCCCUCUCCGUCGGCAUGGAUUUUGUGUGGGCCGACGACACUCUCCUGUCGCUGCAGGCUGAGGUGAACCCAUCGCCGCGUCAGAUUGACGCGGCAAAGUGGGAGGCAGCCCUGCGUUUCUUGUCUAUUGGCGCCGAGCACAUGAGUCAUCGCCCGGACUUGCUGCGGUGCUACGCAAGUGUUGUUUCCCGCGCCGCGACAGCCACUCGGCAAGCCUACGCCUCAGUUGAGGAUCUUAUUGCGCGGCUGACGACAGACCGAGCCUCAGUCGCGGUAACUUCCGUAAGGGAGCAGCUGGCCGCCCUUGUGAGGCGCAAACUGUCGGUGGAGGCGUCACGGGUGGUGGCGACAGAACGCAAGCCAACGUGGGUGCCGUUCCUCAUUCGUGCCGCUUGCAACGCAGGACACGGGCGGGCUGCGCUUUGCACUGUCGAGAAGGCGGUGCCUGAGCGGAUGCCUCUUCACUCUGCGUCCAUAGCGGAACUUUUGGCGUGCUGCCCCUCCGCUGAUCUUCCGCUUGAGGCGAUUCAAUUGUGGCUUUGUGCACGGGCAUGGGGAACCACAGCACCCGCGCUCAUUGGAUUUGGGAAAGGCAUGCCCGCGGCCACCAACGGACGCCUGAGUAAAACACGCACGGAGCUGCUCUUCGUCUUGCUGGAUUCUUCCCGCUCUGUGGAUCGGCAGUGGCACUACGCGCUGCAGCUGUUGACAAGUCAAGUGCUGCAGCGUAACGCCCCCCCCCGUCCUCACGCCUCUUUUACACGACGUAUUCAAUACUUCGGAGGGCGGGCAGGUGGCAGGAGUCACUGCGAUUGCGAUAAUUUCAGCAGCUGCUGGGGGUGCCUGCGACCGUGA